AGUCGUGUUUUGGCAAUAUACGAGGCGCACCGUUUUUCGCCGUUAACGAUUUGUAAAUUAAACCUCGACGAACGGGGCGUAAAGGGACGCGACGCGAACGUCAUUAAAAAGAGGAAAAAGUGCGGAUUUUGAUUGAUUUUGCAUAGUUUAAAUGAUAAGGGUGGUUCGUUGCCUGCGGUGAUUCGCUGGGGAUUUUUUGAUUUUUGUUGGAAAAAUACAUUAUAACGUGACAAGAUGCCGGCCAGGGUACCAGAAACGCAAGCAGUAAACGGAUAUCGCGUCGCAGACGAUGUCGUCAUCACGGGAAUAUCAGGCAGGCUGCCUGAGAGCAACAGCAUCGAGGAGUUUAAGCAACAGCUCUUCGACGGUGUCGACUUAGUUACGGACGACGAACGCCGCUGGCCCUCGGGACUAUACGGUUUGCCUACGAGGACCGGCAAAAUCAAAGACUUGAGUCGUUUCGACGCCACCUUUUUCGGGGUACACGCGAAACAAGCGCACGUAAUGGACCCACAGCUCAGGAUGCUCUUGGAAUUGACACACGAAGCCAUGGUGGAUGCCGGAAUAAACCCGAACGAGGCCAAAGGUUCUCGUACGGGAGUCUUUAUCGGGGUCUCCGAUUCCGAGUCGAGCGAAUAUUGGACCGCCCAGGACCCGGACACGAUCAACGGCUACGGACUCACAGGCUGUUGCAGGGCGAUGUUCCCAAACCGAGUGUCUUACACGUUCGACUUCAAGGGACCCAGUUACGCGAUCGACACCGCCUGCUCCAGCUCGUUGUUCGCCUUCCAGCAGGCGGUAAACGCCAUCCAAACUGGCCAGUGCGACUCUGCGGUCGUCGGCGGUCUCAAUCUAUUGUUGAAACCGACGUCGUCGUUACAGUUCCAUAGAUUGGGCAUGUUGUCGCCUCACGGUAUGUGCAAGGCGUUCGACGCGUCCGGUAACGGAUACGUGCGCUCGGAAGCGGCGGUCGUGGUGUUCUUGCAAAAAGCGAGCAUCGCUAGAAGGGUGUACGCGACGGUGUUAGGUGCGAAAACGAACACGGACGGGAACAAGGAGCAGGGGAUCACUUUUCCGGCCGGCGCGAUGCAGAACAGGCUUAUCAGAGAGGUUUACGAGGAGAUCGGGGUCAAUCCGCACGACGUCGCUUACGUCGAGGCUCACGGUACCGGGACCAAGGUGGGCGAUCCGCAGGAGGUGAACUCGAUCGCAGACUUCUUCUGCAAGAACAGACCGACCCCGUUACUAAUCGGGUCGGUGAAGAGCAACAUGGGUCACUCGGAGCCGGCCUCGGGGCUCUGCUCGCUCGCCAAGAUCGUCAUAGCGAUGGAGAGCGGAGUGAUCCCUCAAAAUUUACACUUUCAGAGCCCCAACAAAGAUAUUCCAGCUUUGAGCGACGGCCGGCUCAAGGUCGUCGCGAAAAAUGAGCCCUGGAACGGCGGCAUCGUCGGUAUCAACUCGUUCGGGUUCGGCGGCGCCAACGCGCACAUCGUGUUAAAAUCGAACCCCAAGCCGAAACAGGCGUGGCCGCCGGGUCCUAUUCCCAGGGUGGUGGGCGUGUCCGGUCGUACGGAAGACGCAGUCAAGGGUUUCCUGAAGAAAAUCGCGCGGCACGCGGACGACGAGGAGUUUUUGGCGCUCGUCGAUCGCGUCCAUUCGAAAAACAUCAACGGACACCAUUACCGAGGUUACGCCGUCUUGAAGGACGACGUCAUCGAGGAGUCAGCUGCGGUGUCGGGAGACGGUCGUCCGAUUUGCUACGUGUUCUCGGGAAUGGGUUCUCAAUGGCCCGGCAUGGCCAAAGAUCUGAUGCGCCUCGAAAUAUUCAAAAACUCGAUCGAUAAAUGCGCGGCCGCGCUCAGACCGCACGGUCUUAACCUCGAAGACAUCAUCAUCAACGGCAACGACAAAACAUUCGACAACGUCCUGAACUCGUUCGUGUCGAUCGCCGCUAUGCAAGUGGCGCUGACCGAUAUCCUGAAAUCGAUAGGGCUCGAACCCGACCAUAUCGUCGGCCAUUCGGUCGGCGAGGUGGGAUGCGCGUACGCGGACGGUACCCUGACCGCCGAACAGGCGGUUCUCGCGGCGUACUCGAGAGGGCGCGCGAUACUCGAAAGCAAACUGCCGUUGGGCGCGAUGGCCGCGGUCGGCCUGUCGUGGGAGGACGCGAAGAAGAAGUGCCCGUCGGACAUAUUCCCCGCGUGUCACAAUAGCGAGGACUCCGUGACGGUUUCGGGACCUCCCGAUUCCAUCAAUAAGUUCGUGGCGGAACUGCAGUCCAAUGAGAUCUUCGCGAAGGCGGUCAACAGCUCCGGCACCGCGUUCCACAGCAAAUAUAUCGCCGAUGCGGGGCCCAAACUUAAGAAAGCGCUGGACGCCAUCAUCCCGAACCCAAAACCGAGGAGUUCCAGGUGGAUCUCGUCGUCGAUCCCCGAGUCGGCUUGGGGCACGCCCCUCGCUCAACAGUCCUCCGCGGCUUACCACGUGAACAAUUUACUGUCGCCGGUACUGUUUCACGAGGCGUUGCAGCACGUGCCGAAGAACGCCAUCGCCGUCGAAAUCGCGCCAACCGGCCUCCUGCAAGCGAUCCUGAAGCGGGCCCUCGGCCCUGAAGCAACCAACAUCAGUCUGGUGAAACGCGGUCACGAGGACAACAUCGCGUUCUUAAUAUCGGCGCUCGGAAAGAUUUACAUGGCCGGCGCUCAGCCCCAAUUGGGCAACAUUUACCACCCAGUUAGUUUUCCCGUCGGCAGAGGCACCCCCAUGCUUAACUCAAUGGUAGAGUGGGACCAUUCGAUCGAAUGGUCGGUCGCCAGUUUCGCCGGAAAAGGUAGCAGAUCCGGCGAGUUGGUCGUCGACGUCGACCUGAGCAAGGACCAGGACAAAUACUUGGCCGGGCACGCAAUAGACGGCAGAGUAUUGUUCCCGGCAACCGGUUACUUGACGUUGGUGUGGAAGACGUUCGCCAAACUGAGAAACGAAGACUUCGAACAGAUGCCCGUCAUUUUGGAAGACGUUCAGUUCCACAGAGCAACGAUAAUGCCCAAGGAAGGGUCUGUCAAAUUUCUCAUCAACAUCUUCGAAGGUACCGGCGAUUUUGAGUUGUGCGAAGGGGGUUCGGUGGCCGUGAGCGGCCGGAUUCGCGUACCCGAAGACGCUUCGAAGGAAACCCUGACUCUACCCGAGCUCUCACCUCCCGAAGAACCAGACGUUUUAGCGCUGGACUCGUCCGACAUCUAUAAGGAGCUCCGGUUAAGAGGAUACGAUUAUGAAGGCACGUUCAAAGGCAUAAUCGAGAGCGACAAUCGCGGUCUGAACGGCAAACUGAAGUGGGAGGGCAACUGGAUCAGCUUCAUUGACACGAUGCUCCAGUUCUCGAUCCUGGGCCAAAACACUAGAGAACUCUACCUGCCCACCCGCCUCCAACGCGCCUUCAUCGACCCCAAACAACACCUUAAAGCCAUCCAAGAGGGCGAAGGGGUGGAGGUGAACAUGUACCGUAACAUCGGGGUGAUAAAGACCGCCGGUAUUGAACUGAGGGGGAUGAAAGCGAGCUUGGCGCCUCGUCGUCAGCAGACCCAAGCGGCGCCGAAGCUGGAGAAGUACCAGUUCGUGCCUUUAGAGAACAACCAGCCGUUCGGCGAAGAUCUGGAAAAGAGCCGCUACCAUGCGCUGACCGUUCUACUACAGACCGUGCUCGAGAAUAGUUCGGGAGCGCUCAAGCUCAAAGUGACGGAAGUGGCGAGCGAUAAGCCGGCGGAGAACGUGCUGGCUCCGUUACUGACCGAAAUCCUUGAAAAGGAACCGAUGCUCUCCGUAGACGCGACCGUGGUGACCUCUAUCGCUAUAGACGCGUCAAACAAUCAGCUUGAAGCGGCCGGCGUUAAGAACGUGGUAAAAGACGUCAAGGCUUCUGCGAUCGAUACCAACGCCCACUUGGUCGUGUUGAGUGACGCCAUCGCCUACAACCAGCUUUCGCUGGUCGAGAACGCCAAAACAUCCCUCAAGGAGGGAGGGUUUGUCCUGUUGGAGGAAGCCAAAGGAGCGUUAGACGUUAAGCGACUCUCCGCUCUUGAUUUGGAGGUGGUCAGUACGCAAACCACGGGCACCAAGUCCUAUAUUUUGCUAAGACAGUCGGUGGAAGUGUCCGCGACUGCGGCCGUGAUCCAGAUAACAGAGAAGAACUUCUCGUGGGUGGAACCGUUGAAAGAGUUGAUGGAGAAGAGCGAGCAGGACGGCAGCAAGAUCUACGUGUUCGUGCAAAACGAGCCCCUGGCAGGACUGGUCGGUCUGAUCAACUGUCUGGUGCGCGAGCCCGGCGGCGGAAACAUCAGAUCCGUUUUCGUUCAGGAUCAGACCGCCCCGAAAUUCAGCUUGAACGCUUACGAGAAGCAGUUGCGCAAAGACCUCGUUCACAACGUUCUGAAAAACAAAGUGUGGGGAACUUAUAGGCACAUAGUGCUGGAGCAGCACACCGACAGCGGCGCCCUCCAGGUGGAACACGCCUACAUAAACACCCUGACGCGAGGCGAUCUCGCCAGCUUAAGAUGGAUAGAGGGACCCCUGUCUUACUAUAAGGGAGACGAUCCCGCCUCUGAGCUAUGCCACGUCUACUACGCCCCUCUCAACUUUAGAGACAUUAUGUUGGCGACGGGAAAGUUGCCUCCCGACGCGUUACCGGGCGACCUGGCCGGGCAGGACUGUAUCCUGGGUCUGGAAUUCUCCGGUAGGGAUACAGCGGGAAGGAGAGUAAUGGGCAUGGUUGCCGCGAGAAGUUUGGCCACUACCGUUCUCGCGGACCCGGGUUUCUUGUGGGAGGUGCCGGAGAAGUGGAGUCUGGAAGAGGCGGCAACUAUCCCCGUCGUAUACGGUACGAGUUACUACGCGUUAAUCGUGAGAGGAAGGAUGCAACCUGGCGAGUCGGUAUUGAUCCAUGCCGGUACCGGGGGCGUAGGUCAGGCGUCGAUCGCCAUAGCCCUCCAUAUGGGCUGCAAGGUUUUCACGACCGUGUCGAGCCAAGCGAAGAAAGAUUUCCUGAAAAAAACGUUCCCGCAGCUGACGGACGACAACAUAGGCAACUCGCGAGACACCAGCUUCGAGCAGCUCGUGUUGACGCAGACCGACGGUCGCGGUGUCGACUUGGUGUUGAACUCGCUGGCCGCGCACCAGCUCCAAGCGUCGGUGCGGUGUCUCGCGAUCGGCGGCAGGUUCCUCGAAAUCGGCAAAGUGGACUUGAGCAACAACUCGCCGCUCGGCAUGAGCGUAUUCCUCAAAAACACCACGUUCCACGGGAUCUUACUCGACGCGUUGUUCGACUCGGACAGUGCCGAAAAGAAGGAGGUUAUGCGUCUGGUUUCGGACGGUAUCGCAAGCGGCGCCGUCAAACCCCUGCCCAAGACGGUCUUUAACGAAAAUCAGGUCGAGCAGGCGUUCAGGUACAUGGCGUCCGGCAAACACAUCGGCAAGGUACUACUCAAGAUCAGGGACGAAGAGAGUAGACGAACUCAGAAGCCGACCGUGAAGACGGUGACGGCGAUACCCAGGACGUACAUGGAUCCGGAGAAGAGUUACGUGUUGGUAGGUGGACUCGGCGGCUUCGGUCUCGAAUUGGCCAAUUGGUUGGUGACGCGGGGCGCGAGGAACAUCGUGCUGACGUCGAGGAGCGGCGUGAAAACCGGCUACCAAUCGUUGUGCAUCAGACGGUGGAAGGAAAAGGGAGUCCGGGUCUUGGUGUCGACCGCGGACGCCACCACGGACAAGGGGGCAAAGCGUCUGCUGGAAGAGUCCAACGAAUUGGGACCGGUGGGCGGUAUUUUCAACUUGGCCGCGGUGCUGAGAGACAAGAUGAUGAAGAACCAGACCGAGGCCGAUUACAAGGCGGUGUGCAGGCCUAAAGUAGACGGUAGCAAGCAGCUGGACGCGGCGUCGAGGACGCUGGCGCCCAACCUCGACUACUUCGUCAAUUUCUCGUCGGUGUCGUGCGGAAGGGGCAACAUGGGUCAGUCCAACUACGGCCUCGCCAAUUCGGCAAUGGAACGUAUAGCGGAGGCGCGACAGGAGGCGGGGUUACCGGGCGUGGCGAUCCAAUGGGGCGCUAUUGGCGACGUGGGUCUCAUUUUGGAGACCAUGGGCGGGAACGAUACCGAAGUGGGCGGCACCUUACCCCAAAGGAUGCCAUCGUGCCUGAACACGAUCGACGUGUUCCUGCAACAGCCACAUGCUGUGGUCGCGAGCAUGGUGCUCGCGGAAAAGCGCAAAGCCGCCGGCGGCGCUAACCAAGUGAGCCUGAUCGACGCCGUCGCCAACAUCCUCGGCAUCAAAGAUGCGUCGACGGUGGCGCCCUCCGCCACCCUGGCCGACCUCGGUAUGGAUUCGCUUAUGGGGGCAGAGAUUAAGCAAACGCUCGAGAGGAAUUAUGAUUUGGUGCUGAGCGCCCAGGAAAUCAGAGGUUUGACGUUUGGUAAACUGGUGGAACUAGGUAGUGGGGGCGCGGCGUCCGCCGCGCCAACUGCCAAGCCCGCCGACGACCAGCUGACGUUCGAGAACACGACGGAGAUCAUGCCGAGCAAGGACCUGCUCGAGAUGCCGAGCAAAGCAAGCGACAAAAAGGCGAGGCCCGUGUUUAUCGUUCACCCUAUCGAAGGGUUCAUAGACGCGCUCAGGGUGUUAGCGAAAAACAUCGAGGCGUCGGUUUACGGGCUCCAGUGCACCGCGAGGGCUCCGCUCGACACCGUCAACCAUUUAGCGAACUACUACGUACAGCAGAUCAAAUCGGUACAGCCUAAGGGUCCCUACACGCUUAUCGGCUACUCGUUCGGCGCUUGUAUCGCCUUUGAAAUGGGUCUGAUAUUGGAAAAACUCAACGAGUCGGUCAAACUGUUGCUAAUCGACGGUUCUCCGACUUACGUCGCCACCCACACGGGCAAAGCGCGGUCCAAGAUGAAUAUAGGGGAGGUGGCGGAACAGAGCGAGGCCCUAUGCUACUUCAUCUUGCAAUUCAAAGAGGUGGACCAGCAAGCGGUUGUCGGCGAGCUGUCGAGCCUCAAAUCUCUCAAGGAUAGAGUAGCCAGGACGGUUCAGAUCCUAUCCGGCGCGGUUCCCUUCCCCGAGGAUCAAAUUAGCGCGGCCGCGCUCAGCUUUUACCAGAAAUUGAAGGCGGCCGACCAGUACAAGCCGUCCGGGAAAUUCAAGGGAGCGGUCACCUUGGUGAAAGCUAGCGACAACUACGUGCAGAUCGACGAGGACUACGGACUGUCGCAGGUGUGCCAACAAAAGGUAAAGGUAGAUUCUCUAAAAGGCAAUCACCGAAGCAUAUUGCUGAGCGGCUCCGUGGAACAAAUAGCGAACAUUUUACACCAGGACGUCCUCAAGGUGUAGGUGAAGGACCACGUGUAGACUCGUUUCCCAAAAAAAAGCACUCCAUGACAACAUUCCAUAGUUAGAUAUUUUGUUGGUUAGUUUUAUUCGUGUAAAUAUUUAAAUGGUUAGUUUUGCGUAAGUAAUUUAUUUGUAUGAAAUACGAAAUUUUUACUUUUCUUAAGUAAAACUUCUGUCGUGAUAAAUUAAUAUUACAAAUUAGGUAUUAGGUAUUAGGUAGUAGGAUUUGAAUGAGGACAUAAAAUGUUACUUUUAUUUUUAUAUGUUAAAAUUACUCUUGCGCGCGAAAACAGUGGUGGGCUUGUUGCUUAGCUCGCCAUUGUUUCGCUAGAGUAAACCAAAGAUUGUGGUUGUAUAUACUUAAAAAUG